AAUAAAUAAAUAAAAACAAAAUAAUAAAACGUUAAAAAUCAAAUCGCCCUCUCUCCCUCUGCAACCCAAACGAAAUUAACCGUAAAAUUACAAUAGUCCACCCGAACUGCAGCACUCACACUUAAAUGGCAGCCUCUUCUCCGGUCAUGAGCAAUAACAGCUCCGACACCGGCCAAACCUCCAUCUCCACCGCCGCCGGAGGCACGGUAUCUUUCAGCGCACCACCGAAGACUCUCCGCGGCCUCAACAAACCCAAGUGUAUUCAGUGCGGCAACGUUGCCCGCUCCAGGUGCCCUUAUCAGUCGUGCAAAAGUUGCUGCUCAAGAGCUCAAAAUCCAUGCCACAUUCAUGUUCUUAAAGCAAAUGCAACAUUUCCGGACAAGAGUCCAGCUUCAAGUGCCCCUCUCUUUGAGCAGCAGGUUAAUGAAGCGCCUCCUGCAGUGAGUUCGCAUAGAGCUGCAUCACUUCGGCAACUUUCUAGCAAUUUUUCUCAAUUCAACAAUUUGCAUUCCCCACUCCGCUCAAGAAAGCCAUUGACCAGAAAGGAAGCUGCGGCAAUAAAUGAAUGGAGGUUUUCCAAAUUGAAGGAAUUCAGGGACAGAAACAUUGAAGUGGAAAAUGAAGCUUUUGAUCGGUAUAUGCAUAAUAUUAGCCUGCUGGAGGAGGUAUUUUCUUUGAAAUCUUUCCUAGAAGGCUCCACUGAGGACGAAUCACUCUCUUCAAACCACGACCAUGCUUCUGCAAAAGAGGACACUGAAGAAAAGAUGGUUUCAGAGCAGAAGUUGAAGCUUAGGUCAAAUCUGAGCAGGAGCGAGAAUGACCGUAAGAGGUUACAACAAAUUGUUGAUGUGGGGUUGAAGAAGCUUCAGAAACUUGAGUUGAAUAAUGGCAGUGUUAAUAACCAAAAAGAAGUUGAUAAAAGGCCGGAGAAGGCAAAAAGUUUGCGGGCAGAGAAGGCCUCAGCUUUAAGUGAUCUGAUGGACAAGUUAAACAAAGCCCGCAAUGAAGAGGACCUAAAGUCUUGCUCGGAGACAAAGGCCCAACUGUAUAGUCAGCACGCUAGGUCUAGAACGGAAAUCAAAGAUUUUGAGGUAUUGAGGGAGCAGACUGCCAAAAAAGACGUGGCACCCCAAAAAGAAAUGGAUUUUUUUUCACAAAAAUUAUUUAGAGCAGUGGAAAUUGACCACGAAGCUCUGACUAGCAUAGAUGCACACUUCUCGUCCCUCGAAAAGAUAGAAGAUCUGUGAUGUGGUUAGGUCUUUAUUAGAGGAUAGUGAUGAGGUUAGUCUAGAAGAUUGAAGGUUUCAAAGUUAUGCUUUAAUACUGAUCUACUCUGGUGGCCUGAACUUCUCAUUUAGUUUUGUCCAUUCUUGGAUGUCAUCGUUGUGUGAAAAUUAUUCCAGUUGAUAUGGCAAUUAGUAAAAUUCAUGUUGCACAGACAA